AAAAAUCCCCCAUCCCAAAUCCCCCAUCUCCCUCCCGCCUGCCCUGCUCUGCUCUCCACCGAGCAUGGAUGGGGUCGAUCAUAGCGGCCUCCUCUCGGCCUACUCGCCGCACCAUCCCCACCACCAUGGAGGCGGCGGAGUCACCUCCUCCUCUUCUGCACACAACGCAAUGUUCUCCUCUGGAGCCUCCGCCGCCUACGCGUCUCCUCCAGCGGAGCCCGUCCGGAGGAAGCGCGGCAGGCCGAGGAAGUACGGACCCCCGCCCCCUUCCCGCUCAGCCUCCCAACCCAAGACUAUGACCGUUCCUUCCUCGUCCCCGACUUCUCCUUCCGCCUUCGUUCGCGCCAAAGAGGGCUCCUCUGCCUCGCCCUCCUCGUCGAGGAAACCUAAGCUCGCGUCGCUCGGAAAUGCAGGGCAUGGCUUCAAGACACAUGUCAUUACAGUUAUGGCUGGAGAGCUUAGUAACACAAAAUUUUCUUUUGGAAAGGAUGUGGCACAGAAAAUCAUGUCAUUUGUACAACAAUUCGAACACACAUUUUGUGUUCUUGCAGCCUCUGGUUCAAUUUCUAAGGCAUCUCUUCUUCAUCCAGCAGUCUUUGGAGGAUCUGUGACCUAUGAGGGGAAGUUUGAGAUUCUAUCACUUUCUGGCUCCUUUGUGCAUAAUAGAGCUGAUGGGGAUUUGAGGACAGGUGGACUAAGUAUAUGCCUUUCUGGGGCUGAUGGUCGUGUAGUGGGGGGUGGUGUCAAAGGCCCUUUGGUGGCUGCAGAGCCUGUACAGGUAAUUGCUGGGUCAUUUUUAAUUGAUGGCGAUGGUUGCUCUAUUGAUAGUAGAGCAGCAGUGCCUACUGGAAAGUUACCCACCUCUUUAAAUGCUGGAUUAACAUUUAGUACAGCCACACUUGGAUUGUCAACAGAAUUCACAGGAAGAUAUGGUAGUGAAAUCAAUCAUGUCAUACAAUCUCCAGCAGAUUGGUCAGGAAGGCAAGAGGACAGACACAGUGGAGCAUCUCAUUUCUUAGAUGAAGACUAAGUUAAUAUAUCAGAUGUGGGAAACUAAUUAACACUAGAGAAUCGUCGAACAAAUUCAUGUAUAGCUUUUACUAACAGUCGGGCAACAGUUGUGCUCCUAUCGUGAAUGUAUUCGCUGCACAAUCGAGCAGGAGAGCCCUCGCUACAACCUUAUCGUCUUCUAAAUCUCAGUUUUAAAUGUAACGUCUCUGUCCAUAUUUGUAUUUGCGAAUAAUUUCCAAAUGUAAAUCAUUAUCAAUUGUUUUGGGCACGA